UUUCUGGAGAUUAAUUGUUUUAAAUACGAUUAAAUGUGCAUGCUCAUAAAAUACUGUAGUUUCAGUUUCUCCAUUCUUUAAACAUGUUCUGACACGACAAGAGAUUGGUCGUCACGGUACCGGACAGAUUCCUAAGCCAAUGAACUGCUCCCUAUGGUCAAGGUGUGCGUGUAGUUUCUCCCGCCCACAUAGGGAGGGGCGUUCCUGUUUGGCUGAAAGUUGAAGAACAGUUUGACAUUUCCUUAUACUCUAAUAAUAGUAGAGACGACCGGGGGCUAACGACUUACACAAAAAGGAACAUGGCUGACGGAGACUUGCAGAGUGCUGAGGACACUGUGGACGCCGUAAAAUGGUUUGGAAAAAGGUUGGGUGCAAAGCCUGCAUGCAGCAGUGAGACUCCUAGCAGUGAGACUCCUGAGGAAACUGACUCUCCCCCCCGCAGCCGUAGUGACCCUUACCGCUACAAGAUGGACUAUCCCUGCAUCGGAACCUGUCUGAUCAUCAACAACAAGAACUUCUACCCAAGCACAGGGAUGACUGCUCGUAACGGGACGGAUUUAGAUGCUGCCGCUGCCAUGAAGACCUUCUCUGAGAUGGGUUAUAAGGUCCAGUUUGCCAAUGAUCAGACCGUGAAGGAGAUGAAACAACUGUUGUGUAAUGCAUCCAAGGCGGACCACAGUCAAAAUGCAUCAUUUGCUUGUGUGUUGCUGAGUCACGGAGAUGACGGGGUGAUAUACGGUAUCGACGGCUGUGAACUGCUUGAGGAACUGAUAAAGCACUUUAAAGGAGAUCGCUGUAAGGGUCUGGUGGGGAAACCCAAGCUCUUCUUCAUACAGGCGUGCCGUGGGUCAGGCCUGGAUGAGGGAUCCUGCAUUGAGGCGGACAGUGUGGAUGCCCAAUCAUCUGAGAGGAUUCCAGUGGAGGCAGACUUCCUGUAUGCUUAUUCCACUGCUCCAGGCUACUACUCAUGGAGGAACCAAUGCAGCGGCUCCUGGUUCAUGCAGUCUCUGUGUGAGAUGCUGCAGAGAUUCAGCGGAGAGCUGGAGCUCAUGCAGAUCAUGACCCGAGUCAACCGAAAGGUGGCGCUGCACUUUGAGUCCUCCUCCAAGCUGCCGGGGUACAGCGGGAAGAAGCAGAUCCCCUGCAUCGUCUCAAUGCUGACCAAAGACUUCUACUUCCCUAAAAAAAGAUAGAGCGUUCUUAACUACAAUCAGAGUCUAAAAACCAGGUAUUACUUAUUUUCUUUUCCAUUUUCUAUGUCCAUUGUCUUAAAACACUGCCAGAGCCUUGUUCGAUUAACAACAUUAAAAUGACAGAACUUCUUUCCGCGGAUUGACAGCACUGUAGUCCCUUCUUCAGAGCGUCGUCCUGAGCGAAGGUCUGUUAGCAGAAAGAUUAACCUCUAGAAUGUCCAAAUUGACCAAUCAGAAUCAAGUCUUCAACUGAGCUGUGUAAUAAUGAGCAUUAACUUUCUUAUAUGAUUUUUUUUUUUUUAGUGGUUUUAGAAAACGUUUUUACUUCCUGUGGUGCAGUAAAGGGUGUUGGGAACAUUAUCAGUGAUUUCACACUAAAACAUAAGCAGAAGCCUGGAAAUGUGGACUUCUUUUACAAUAGCAUUAAACUGUAUAUUUAAGGAUAAACAAUGAGUUUACAACAUACAA